AUGUCGGUCAAACGUGAAUCUUCAGAUAGUCCCGGGGUCCAGACAAAGGACAAGCGGCUUGCAUGUGUCGAAUGUCGGCAGCAAAAGGUCAAAUGCGACGGCCAGGAGGGCUCCGACUGCUCUCGAUGCAAGCGAAAGGGCAUUCCUUGCGUGGUGCAAAAGGGGUUCAAACGAACGUAUAAGAGAGCGCAAUUAGCGAGCUUGGAGGGGGAGAUGGAGCGCCUGAAGCGCGUUCUGGACGAGCAGGAACGGGCCAAAACCACGGCGUCCGCGCACCAGAGCGCCAGCUCCUUGCUGGACCUCAGCAACAGCGCGAUCCACUACGCAGUGCCGGUGGGGGUGGAGGAGACGGGGGGUGAAGGACAACAUUCUUCCAGAAUAGGAAGUGCAGAUACCGGAAUGGGUAACUCGGAUACCUCAUUAGGAAAUGCAGAUACCCAAUUGGGACAAAUGGGCCAAAUGGGCCCCGGCCACUCAGAGACCCGCAACCUGCCGUCGCCAAAAUUCAAACCGACCCCGUUGCCGGCGGUGGAGUCACGUGAUACGCCCGAGGCCGCGCCCAUCCCCUCGUGUGUCAAGCCCAAGACCAUUCACGAGGUGACUCUUUCGGUGCCGACCGUCAAUGCUCUGUUCAAGGAGUUUGUCGACCAUUAUCAUCCCAUUUUGCCCAUUGUCAAUCUGCAGGGAGGCCCCGAGCACAUCUACAGACAAUGUCCGUCCUUGUUUUGGACCAUCAUGUUGGUAGCUUCCAGACGGUAUGCUGACGAUGAUACCCUUCUUCUCCGUCUCACAGAACCCGUCAAGGCAUGUCUUGCAGAAGUCACCAUUUCGCCAAUCACCCGCUAUGUGGCCUCCAAUUCCCAGGUCCCCAUUCUCAAUAUUGCCUCUGUGCACUCGGUUCAGGCGUUUCUGGUGUAUACCAUGUGGCCUCCUGUGACGUCUUCGUUGUCGGCCGAUUCGUCGUGGAACACGUGUGGAGUGGCGCUGUUCUCGGCCAUCAAGAUCGGACUCCAUUGUCCUGGGUAUGCACGUGACUUUUCACGUAUCAAAACGGCCUCUUCCAACUCGCUGUAUCCGCAGAUUUCCGAACAGAUUCGAACCUGGAUCGCAUGCAACAUUGUGUCCCAGACAGUAGCCACGGUGAUGGGGUUCCCGGCCUUUGCUAACUUCGAUUCGUCCAUUUUGAGCGCCUGCUCGAGCGAUUCUUCCGUCGUCAAUGUGCCCGAGUCGCUCAAACAAAUGUGUCUCUUGUCUCAACUGGACCAGCAGAUUGAAAAGACGCUCAAUAGCAACUCCAAGGACCCGCUGGGGCUCUGCCAGAGCACAGAACGACUUUCUCUUAUCAGCAUCAUCUCUCGAAGACUCGAUCGAGUGGAGACUGAGGCCAAUGAGUACGAUCCUCUGAGACGCUUCCUGUUUCUCAGCGUCCGAGUGAGACUGUACAUUUACUACUAUCUGGACAAUAUGGACUUUAGCGACAUUCAGCUGCAAAAGGGACUGGUCCAGCUAUACAACGCGAGCCUGGAGUUCCUCGACCACGUCACCUCCGUGCACGCCCGUGACCCAUCCUUCAUCAAGUAUCUUCCUGGUGUCUACACGCAGCAGAUUUGGCAGACUCUGUGUGUGAUCAUCAAGAUUAUUCAUUCCUCUUUGAAUGAGUUUAUCGACACUUCUUCGGGCAAAAAGCUGUUUGAUGAGUGUCUCAAGCUGCUUGAAAAUGCGUCGAUUUUGAAGCAUGACAUGGCGUACCGAGCGUCUGAAAUCACCUACCAGCUCUGGCAUCUCUACGCCACUUUGCACAAAAGUGGCCGCACCUCUACCAAGGUCAAUAUUCGAACCCGUUUGUCUGCGUCUGUCUUCUUUGACUGUCUGUGGACUAUGAGAGAAGAGUGUGGCAUCCGGUCCAUGGCUCCCUCGGUGCUCACACAGGUGUACAGACAGGGUAACCAGCCUGCGGGGGUCAAGCAGCUGUUUACCAACAUUCCUUUGGACCCCAAACCUCGUUUGGCUACAGAAUUGCCCAUCCAUCAUCCUCAGGGCUCUUCCACGUAUCCCGUUCAUCCUGCAAGUGCUUCUUCGGGUGUGGAGAGUGAUGGGGAUCAUUCUCAGAGCUCGGCUGUUUCUGGCACUCGAACUCCACAUCUUUCUUCUUCUCCGUCGGAAAACAGAGCCAAGAGAAUCAGGCUGAAUUCCAGCUCCAGUGAUGGGAAGGAGGGCAGAAAGAUUGUGUCUGAGCAGCUCAAUGACAACUCGGCCUGGUUCGAUACCCAGGGCAUGGACAACUGGGAUCUGGAUAGCAUUUUCAAGGAUGUGGAUUCCAUCAUGAACGAUUUCGGUUUCAGAGCGGAUGAGGCCGGCGUGGCCGUGAAUGAAUAA